AUGGAGAACACUAAUGCAAGGAAGGUAGAUGAGUCAGAAUCUUCUAAUGCCAGAAUAGAUCGGUUAGAAAGAAUGGUGGAAGCUUUAACUGGGUUGAAAUACAAGAAACUGAAACCACCAGAAUUUGCAGGGGGAAUUGAACCAUUAAAAGCGGAGGCAUGGGUAUUAGAAACUGAAAAGAUUUUUGAAGUGUUUCCGUGUACAGAUGUCUAUAAAGUUUUGUUAGCAACAUUUACUCUGACAGAAGAAGCUCGAAGAUGGUGGAUGCUCUUGAAGCAAGGCACUAUGUCAGUAGCGGAAUAUGAGAGUAAAUUUACUGAAUUAGCACGUUAUGCUCCUCAUAUGGUUGAUACAGAUUACAAGAAGGCAAGGAAGUUUGAGGGUGGAUUGCAUGUUGAGGUGCUUGACCGGGUGAAUGUUUUGAAAUUAGAAAAAUAUGUUGAUGUACUUGAUAGAGCCUUGAUGGCUGAAACAAAUAUUAUGGCUUUGAAGACAUCUAAAUUAACAACCAUGACUGAAGCGGAAAGUAAGAAAUUCAAGAAACAGAAAGUGGAAACAGUUAGUGAAUCAGUGGCCUCCGUGAAUGAAAAUUUGAACUCAAGUUUUAGUGAUAAUACAACAAAGGGCAGUAGUGGAAGUGUAGGUAGACCUACUUGUAGGGAAUGUGGAAAGCAACAUUGGGGUAUUUGUCGCCGUGGAACUGGCGUCUGUUUCAAAUGUGGACAAAAAGGACAUAUAGCUAAAGCUUGUCCACAAGUUUACUCAAGAAAUGAAAGACCCAUUGCUAGUGGAGUUAACUCAACAAUGACACCAAAGACAACCGUAACAUCUACUCCUGAGGGGAAUACAUUGAGGCAAGGAAGGGUUUUCACCCUAGUUUUAGAAAAGACACAGAAUACUGGAAAAGCGAAUACAGGUCAGGAGGCGAGACCGUGCAAUCGGUUUUGGAAACCCACUGUGAGUAAUAUUUCUAUAAAGAUAUUUUGCGAAUCUUAG